UGUGCUAUGUCCCUCGGGCACAGCGAAUCACCGAUCCACGGAAAGAGCCGAAGAUGGCGGCUCGGUCAUGUGAUCAGCUGUGUCCAAUCACAGCUGAUCACAUGUAAACAGGGAAAUGCCAGUUAUCGGCAUUUCUCUCAUCACGAGCUGUCACGCUGACAGUUCGAGAGGAGAUCCGAGCACUGAUGAUCAGUGUGCCCUGAUGAUCAGUGUAGCCCCAGCAGUGCCACCUGCCAGUGCCCAUCAGUGCCACAUUUCUGUGCCUACCAGUGCACAUUAAUGCCACAUAUCAGUGCCCAUCUGAGCUGCCUAUCAGUGCCACCUAUCAGUGCCGCCUAUCGGUGUGCAUCAGUG